AUGGCUUUGGUUGGAGAGGCUUUGCUCUCCGGUUCGAUCAAGGUGCUGUGCGACAAGAUUUCUGGAGAGUUCAUAGACUUCCUCCGAGCAAGAAGACUCGACCAUUCACUCGUGGGCAGACUGAAGGUGAAGUUGAUGACCCUCAAUGCAGUGCUCAACGAUGCAGAGGAGAAGCAGAUUGUCGACCGUGACGUCGGGAUGUGGCUUGACGAGCUCAAACAUGCUGUGUUCGAGGCCGAGGACUUGGUGGAUGAGAUCGAUACUGAAGUUUCGCGUCACAAGGCGAAAGAUCAGACCCAGGUGUGGAACUUCCUUUCUACCUCUCGUAAACCUUUUAAUUAUAAAGGCAUGAAUGGUAGGAUAGAAGUUUUAUUCAACAAGUUGGAAGACCUUGCAAAUCAAAAAGAUAUCCUCCGUCUUAGAGAAGAUGUUGUUGGAGGCAAUGUUUCACAAAGAACUCCCACAACUUCUGUUGUUAGGGACGGAUUUUAUACCUAUGGUAGGGAUGGAGAUAAAGACAAGUUAAAAGAUCUACUGCUGCUAUCUGACAAUGAAAGUAGCAGUAAUUUUUCUGUAGUCCCUAUAGUCGGUAUGGGCGGGUAUGAGGCUUUGAGGGUUAUUAAGGCCCUUAUUGAGGAAAUCACUAAAAAAAAGCCUUGUGACAAUUUGGAGAUGAAUUCCCUUGAAGUUCAACUAAGGGAACAACUGAGUGGAAAGAGAUUUUUACUUAUCUUGGAUGACCUUUGGAAUGAAAACUAUGAUGACUGGGAGCGUCUACAAAUUCUUUUCACGUAUGGGGCAAAGGGAAGCAAAGUCAUUGUAACAACAAGGAGCAGACAUGUUGCAGCCAUCGUGCACAAUACUGUUCCUAUUCACGAUUUAAAAGAAUUGUCGGAUGAAGACUGUUGGUCGUUACUGGAAAAACAUGCAUUUAGAAAUGAAAACCCCGGUGCACAUCCAGACUUGGUUGAAAUUGGUAAGCAAAUUGCAUUGUCUUUACCACCAUAUGGUGUUUGGAAUGUUGGAUAUGUAAGCAAUAAGGUUCUAGAUGAUUUACUGCCAGCACAAAGAUGUUUACGGGCAUUUUCAUUGUCAGGAUACAAAAACAUCACUCACUUACCUGAUUCCAUUGGUAACCACAUGCAUUUGCGUUACAUUGAUCUCUCUUAUACGGCAAUUAAAAGGUUACUAGAUACAGUGUGUACUCUCUACAAUUUACAAACUCUAUUGUUGAAAGGUUGUUCUUCUCUUGUUGAAUUGCCUGCAGACAUGAGGAAAUUGAUUCAUUUGCGUCAUCUUGAUAUUGGUGGAACUAACAUAAAAGAGAUGCCUGUGCAUAUGGGUAGACUAAAAAGUUUGAGAACACUGACGGCUUUUGUGUUGGGGAAAUCUACUGGGUCAAGCAUUGCAGAGCUGAGGGAGUUGUCGCACCUUGGAGGAAAAAUUUCUAUCUUGAAUCUGCAAAAUGUAGUCGGUGCUAUUGAUGCCUUGCUGAAGGAUAAGAAAGAUCUCAACGAGGUAGAGUUGUCAUGGGGUGAUGUAGUUUCCGAUGAUUCCGUAAAAGAGAGAUGUGCUCGAAAGAUUUCAACCUUCGGUAAAUUUGGUGAAGCUAACCAUCAGGUUUUAUGGCGGAAUUAG